AUGCAUCAACAUCCCCGUGCACCCCCUCGGGGUGCCUCCCCUGCCUCUUCAGCCCAGACGAACCCGAUGAGGACGAACAACCCCAGGGACAGUGGGAAUCCUGCUUCCCAAGCGAGGCCAGGUUCCUCCGCCUCUGGCCAUUCUCGGCGAGAUUCCAUCGGACACCCCAUCCCGACAGAUACGGCAUCUUCUCGGCCACCUCAGGAGUCGGUCAAGAAGCUCGAUCAGAUCCUACAGAACUUCUACCUAAAAGCUUCCGCGUUAAUUCUCGAGUCUCGAAUGAGUCUACAUUAUACUGGAAGCUCCAAGAUGAGCAAAUGGUUCCAAAUAGAAACCCGUGAUUUUGACGACUUCCGAGACGAGCUCCGUAUGUGGAAGACAUGCGGCAGUUUCGAUAAUCGACCGCCUCCCCUCAUAAUAGAGGUCUAUCUUGAUACCUCCGAGCUCGCUACCAGCCAGAGCCUAGUAAUUCUCGACGAGCAAGGAAAGAGAUGGGACGUCGCCGAAGCUCUAGCAACUUCGGCUUCAUCGAGUUCCGACAACGCGACCAGCGAAACUCGUCGACCUACAGAGGUCAUACUAGAAAGAUGGCGUAUCGACCUGAAGACAACCGCCUACGAUAACGACGACUUUGCCCCGAUCCUCCCUACUAUCUACAAGAAGGCCAUCGUGUUUUUCCGCAGCCUGUAUGUCGAGACUAGGAUAUCGCCUUGCUUCCACUUCUCCCAGCACGAUAAGCAAAAGGACAUGUACCCGACGCUACGACCAAAGUGCCGCAUAAAAACGAGCGAGUCGGGACCCAACGUACCAGAUCGGUUGAGACAUCCACUCUACAACACGAAUAAGCCGGUAUUCGAGGAGUACGUAUUUGGCGAUCUGGAGUUGCCAGUUGGACGGCUCUACGCGUCCAUUGCCUAUCGCAAGGAUCUCAACUUCCGGGUGGAUGACUCUGAAAAGCUCUUGAGUUCUAGGUUCAUGGGUGCGGAUGAGAGCCUCUUUAAACCGUCCUUGCCCCAAUCUCUCGGUAGCAGGCAACAUGACGCCUUUAGGGAAAUAGGCACCCAAGGAGGAGCCGGCAAGAUGUCUACCGUGCCCGCCCAAACGUAUGGUAGUCUGUCGACGUUCCACGGAGAAGGACCCCUUGGUACGAGUCCUAUAUCGGCCCUGAACGCGGUUCGCAUGCCGGGGUCCGACACGAGCUCCCCACCGCAGUCCGUACCCGCCGAUGCCGAGCCAGAACCUCCGCAUUCUGUUCCAUCGGGGUUUGGGGGCGGAAACCGGUUUUCGGCGGCGGGACAAGUUGGGGGACACAAUCCUCGGCGGCCGUCAAUUUCGUUCCAAGCCGGAAAACAUCCCUUCAAAGCGGGAUCUCUCUCUGCUUCUCCAGUACCGCGGACACAGGACGGGGAAACCCCGGGUUCACCCCAGUCUCUUUCUCGAGUCGCCGGUCUCUCUGCCCUAACGCAACCUAGGAACCGAAGCUCUCUGACAGCGGGAAUGCCGGCAUCAUUGCGCGGCCCCGCUCCUGUCAAUACCAAUAUCACUCACGUUCCUAGCCCUGGUCUGCCCGAUGCCAUGGCAAGCUCUCCCCGGCCUUCAUCCACGAGCCGUUACAGCAGCAGCUUCACGCACCGUCGUGGAAAACUGUCAUUCAGCGGCCCCAACAAGCCUCUUGACGACGACCAGCUUAGUAGCGGACGGCAGAGCGUGUCAUCAUCCGUCAUUCAACCAGGUUCGGGCCUGCUUGCAGAGACAGGCGCAGCGGCGAGCUCAGGGUCGUUCCAGACCGAUGACGACCAAAUUUCCGAGUUCCUAAAGGUGUUGGAGAACAAAAAGAACCUCAUGAGCUUCGAGUCGUCCAAGCGGGCGGAGUCGGCAACGAACCGUACGGUUGCGCAACUGUCGAGGUUCCACAUGAUGAAGGAGGCCAACCACCAACUAACCGAGUCCAUGACGUCGUCGUCCAUCCAAAUGCAGAGGUCAUCUAGCACAUCUAGCAGACAGCUUACGAGCGUCCCUGGCAUGGUGGCACCAGCGUCGGUUUCUAGCUCGGAUUCGCCUGGGAAGCCGCUUUCGCCCCACACGCCCCAUACGCCGGCGAUUCCAUCCCGACUCAGCGAGAACUCGAUUAUUAACUAUUCGCGGGAUCAGCGAGGAGUCGAAGAGGCGUCGGGCCCCUCGAGAACCGGCGUUCCCGCUGACCACCCAUCGCGCGAGUCCACCAUCACCCAGGAGCGAGUGGCAGCCAUCGACAUUCCGCUCUCGCCGAGGGUUAGACCUCACCCGCGGCGAGCAAGCUCCGUUGCGCAGGAACCGAGAGCUGUCUCUACGGAUGACGACGACGCCGAUCUGCCAUUUGCCCAUCGCAGCAUCAGCCUAGGCGCCGACCGAGAGGCCCCGACGAUGAGCAUGCUUCGGGGCAUGCAGGCUGGCGAGGGCGAAGAUGAAUCGCGAGCUUCUUCUUCACGCGGUAUCAGCGUGCAGGAGGAUGCCGCUGUUGCCGGGCAGUCAGAAAUGAUGUCGCCAAGCUCGGGCGAUGGGAAGUCGCCGUGCAGCAUCCUUCGGCCGUCGUCGAGCUCGCCUUAUCGCCGAACACGAUAUCGGGGCAUGUCCAAUGCUACUGCGGCGGGACGUGGACAGACGCCGCCGCAGUCGAGCCGCGGGGUUGCUGGUAAUCGACAGGGCUGUCCCGAGAAUGACGAUGAGGAGCCGCUGGUCUUUAUGAUGUCGGAGAUGGACGCCCAUUCGAGGCGCAGUCUUGAGGAGCGCCGCGGCGGUGGGAAUGUCGGACCGGGACCUGGUGUUGAUCGAAAUCCUGCUCGCCGGGGAUGGUAA